AUGGAGCGAGCAAGUAGCAGUAAGUUUUUAUAGAUACUUAUAUUACAGACAUUUAAAUCAAUGAUUUUUGUCCUCAGUUUAUAGUCUAAAGGCCAACCCUAUUAAAAGCUUCAACAAACGUUUUUAGAGACAUAAUACUGAUGUAACGUCAAGCAUAUUUGUAUUAUAUAUUACUCUUGGUUUUGUGUAUGAGAUUGGAUAUAUUUUUGCAUGAUUUUGGGUUGUCUGUCAUAAAAUGUUUUAUGUUUAUAUGAGUAAAAUAGAAAGUUAGAGAAGAUAUAAUUAUUUAUUUAUAAAUAAUGUCCUGAUUUAUACCGUUUUGACAAACUCACAGGCAUUCGUUGCAGAGGUUAGGGUGAAUGUUAUGUUAGGGUUUUAUUAAGAGAUUAUGACAUUGGAUGCCAAGUUUAAUUAUUGACAUUACCAUAAGGUAGUCAGUGAGGUACUCAUUACUAACUUUUGUUGAUGUAUGUUGAUACAUUUGGUCACCACCUGCCUUAAUCUAGACAGCAGAUGAGCUGUCCAAAAUAACACAAUUUAAACCCACAAUGAUUCUGGGAACAAAUCAUGUCGGAUGUUUUCAAAAUAGUUUGUCUAGAGGUCUGUCUAUGUAAUACGAUUAAUCGUAUAUGAUUCCUACUUUGGCCUAUGUAAAGCCUUCUCCUCACUGCAAUGCAAGUAUAAGCACAAAAGGAAUCAAACAUGUUGAUUUCUUAUGUACUGUCCUCAAUACAACAUAAGCAUAAGAAUAUCAAAACGUUGCGUUCUUUUAAUCUGGAUGAUCGUAAAAUAAAUUAAAUUAAUAGAAGCAUAAUUGUGACUAUUCAAUUGUGACUGUAUAAUUUUUUCCCAAAUUCAUUUUUCUUGCAUAUAAAACAGGGCAGUAACAUUUUUCUGAUUUUUUUUAUAGUUUAUGGCAGUUCAUCCGCCUUGCGUGGCGUGCAAUUAAAAAUCGGAGAAAAGUUUAAACCCCCAGCAAAGGUUUGUAAAUUGGAUUGAUAAUCAGAAAAUAAGGUCUAAAAAAUAUUGUUUGGUUCUGGUUUCCCAACCAACCCGACACCCAACCGUAUCUUGUUAUAACAAUUUCUGCGGCCAAAAAUGAAACAUACUGUAACAAUGCCAACAAAAACAACUGUGAAAAGCAGACCUCUCAACUCUCACACAUUCGGCGUGAGUCUCACGCAAUUCGCUUCACUCUCACGCCACGUUUAGUAAAUCUCACGCAUAUAGCAGUUUCAUAGUAUUUUUUCAAUAAUAUAAUAUUGUAUUCUUAAAUGCACAUUAUUAUAAUCAUUAUACGGAUCGCGAAUCGAAUAUAUAAUCGCGUGUUAUUGUUCCUGCAUAUACAGCCCGACAUUUUGCCUGCAAUUUGGAUACAAAAUAGUACGCAUAUGUAAAUACAGCCGAAAAAAGACAGAAUCAGUCGGAGCAAAAUUCAAUAUGUAAAUUAUCAAAGGCAAAUUAAAGCUCAUUACUGUAUCAGUCGCAUCUUAUAAUGCACAAAAUGUGGUUUCAGACCCCCGGACUUUUACAAAGGUGUUAUCCACAUCCCCAAUCUCACUCUUAACUUCUCUGCAAAGUUGAGAGGUCUGGAAAAGUCGGCAGUGUUUUCACUUUUCAAAAUUGAAAUAUCCAUUAACAAUAUACCAAAUAUCCCCAUAUAUUGGACAAAAAAUUUCCAUUGUGAAAACAUACCUGGCAAUAUCUGUAUGUUGAUGUGAGGGACGUUUCAGAAUCAGUGCUAUAUAAUAUGAAAAUCUUUUAUUAUUCUAGGUAACUUUACCAGUUGGAUGGAAAACCAGAGAUCCCUCGAGGCUGCUUAGUAUUUCAGUAAGUAAAAGGUCUUGUAAAAUAAAAGAGAACUUUGACAUUUUGAACCAAGGCCCUUUGUUGGGAAGUAGCUUGUAUUAGGGAGUUUAAGAUCCUGACAAUGAACAAUGGGUACGGAGUAGGGUUGAAGGCUUGUUUUCGCAUUGCUUUAACAAAGGCAGACAAAAUUUACUUAUCCCCAGAGCAUACUUUUCACCGUAGUGACCUUGGCUACAGCGUAAAAAUCACAUUCUUGUGUUAUAAAACGGAAUCAAGAACAUAGCACCGAAACUGACUACGCAACAUUGCAGGUUGGAGAGUAUUUUUAUAAAGAAAUGAUGAAAAUUAAAAAGAUGAAACUUGCUGAACACAAAGCCAUGCACAUAAAACAUAUUUGAGAUAAAUUUGUUAUGACAAGCAUUUAGUAUUUGCAUACAUACAACAAAAACUUUUUCAAACAUAGUUGGUAGUUCAUUGUCAACAUCUUAAACUCCCAGGCCUUAAAAUAUCGUUUACAGGGUCGUCUGACAAAAUGUCCGAUGACUUUGAGUUUGGGUAGGACAUGCGUAUGAUGAUGUCCGAUGACCUUCAGUUUAGUUUUGCUCUGAAAUAAGUCAAAAUGACAGGAGUUAAUAUCAGCACAAUGUAUUAAUUCUGAAUUAUUUCCAAGCUAAAUUAACUUGCUUGCCAAAAACAGGAGUAAGACUUCGUCACCUUAAGCAAUAAGCCCGUUUUCCACUUCACCAUUUCGCUCGUCACCCCACCCUCAAUUGCAUUAAAUUAAAACAACAUUUCCAGUUCACUUUUUAUACAUCACUCUGAUUUUCCAUUUAACUUUGAUUUACGUUGGACAAAGCUACCGUAAUCGGUUGGACACCAAUACACUCGGGUCGGACAAACGAUAAACCUCAGUUUCACUUAGGUCGGACAGAAUGUCCGGUGGUUUCCUCUCUACGUCGGACAAUUUCACGAAUGGGUCGGACAAUGUCCGUGACCGACCGAUAUUUUAAGGCCUGAACUCCCUAAUAUUGGCAUUACCUACACUGACAAAGACUGUUCAAGACUAUAUAACAGGGCUUGAAAUGACAGCCAAUCAAUGAUCGGCAAGAAAUUGCUUAUGAUCGGAAGCAGGGUUUCCAACCUGAAAAAGCAGGGACAGUCAUUACUGCUGAUCACCAUGAUCGGGGACUUUGAGAACGCUAUUUAAAGCCCUGAUAUACCUUAAUUUUAUCUCUAAUUUUAUUUAGUAUAAUUUUUCUUUGGAAAAAAGUGUUAUUGAACGAAUAAAAGCUGAGAGAGAAGCGAGAGAACAACAUGAACAGGCUCAAAAAAUCAAAGAACUAAAAAUCAUAACUUCCACAGCCAAUCCUGCUGUUGCGAACAUGGGUGGCGACAUCUUGCAACCCACAACAGCAACAAAUACAACGACAACAACAAACGCUCUGAACACAACAAAUGAAAACAAACAAUUUAAUUACAAAGACUUUGAAGAUAAUACAGAUACACCAUUUGAAGCAGUCGAAUUACAAUGUAUAAACAAUAUGGAGGCUUUGAAAAGUGUUUUACAGCCGGAUGUGGAAACCGAUUCUGCAACAAGCAGUCAACCACAAAUUCCUCAUGCGACAAAUGAUGCUAGCAAUGUUCCUGUGAUGACAUCGGGGAUACCUAUAAUGGGAGCGCCAAAUCCAUUUGCCGCACAUGUGCCAUCCCGUAGUUUAGAGACAAAUUUCCCAAUAAGUGGUUCACCACCAGCACCGAUGAGUGCGGCUAAUCUAUAUCCCACAACUCAAAUGGGACAAACUGUACCUCAAUAUUCAAACCCAUUUUUGCCACAUAAUUCACAGACAGCUGGUCAGGAACCAAUUAGCACUGGGCUUGUAUCAGUAUCACCUCACUCGAACACUGUCUCGUACUCCUCAGGGAAUACUGUAUCAGAUACUAAUAGAAGAAUUUCCCUUCCUGGUGCCAUGAGGGUGUUACCUGCUGCGCCGGCUCGACCUCCGCCAAGACGACCCGUAAGUGUACCUAAUCAGGGUGUGACAUCAGAAAUGAUGUCUGCUCUCCCAAGUCAGGGAGAACACCCGUCGACAACUCCUGCACAAAAACGCCCUGUCCCCAAACCUCGUAGUAAACUACCCCCAUUGAGAAAUGGACCAGAGGCUGGCCCCUCUUAUGAACCCUUGUACGAUGUUCCCCCUCCUCCCAUACCACCAAAAAAGUCAAUAGGGAAAAAUAGAAAUAUGAACCAUGCACAAAAACCUGAUGUUUCAACAGUAAGUAUGGCGAAUCACACUUUGCCUUUUAGUUUAGUUUGUCCAUUGUCAACUGGUAUACAUAAUAUUGCAACAUAAUUGUUCAAUUUUUAGGAUGAUGCAAACUUAAAACGCUUUCCUACCCCUCUUCCACCCAUUUCACCCCCAAAGCCAGAACAGCCCCCACAUGUCAAUGAUCCUUGUUCCACAAUGUCCGCUGAGGAAAGACAGUUCGUCAAUCAAAUAUCUGCCAUGGGUUUUCCUGUUGCGAGAGUCGCAAGAGCUGUGAAGAAUUUGGGAUGCAAGGAACGUGAGGUAUUUUACGUUUUGUUUAUUGAGUUCUUACUCAUUGGUGAUCGGAUUUCCCAACAGUCUAUUUGCCCAAUGGACGAUUCCAGGUAUAGACUAAAUUUUGAUCUCGGCAAGAAGAACAAAAUCCAUCACCACAGCUAGAAAGAGCAUGUUAAAAUUAGUAAAAUUGCAAAGUUUGGUUGCGAUAUGUUGUAAAAAAUAAGGAAAAUAUAGUCCUGCGAAAUUUGCAAAUUUUGUAUUCAUUUGUAUUACGUACGGGAAAAUGAACCACUUUCAUUUCAAAUGUGGUGCAUUUUUCCACUCAUAAUACAAAUCUUUAUUUAUUUAUUUAUUUAACUUCGCCAGGUAAAAUUACACUAGUGACAUGCAUACAAUACAAAUACAAAAUUAUACAAGUGACGAAUGGCGGGGACACCACAACAGUUAAAACCAAUUACUGCGGGCCCUUUUAACAUAUAGGUUACAUACAGAUAUCUAAAAACAACAGUUGAUAACAUUGGUCAAACUUCGACAAGAGUUACAAUUUAAACAUAUAGAUCUCCAUGUUCUUGGGUCCUCUGCAUCAAAACAACUGAGCAGGGCUUUCGAAUAAUAUUGUCGUAAUAAACUUUUAAAUGUACUUAAACUUAAAUUUGGUUGUCUUAAGUCUGUUGGAAGGCAAUUCCAUACUCUCGUGAGGCGGGUAAUAUACGAUCGCUGGAAAGUCCUAGUCCUGCAUUUUGGGGGGCGGAAGGAUAAAAAGUAGUAUACAUGGUAAAGAAGUAUACAUUGUAAAGUAGUAUACAUGGUAAAGUAGUAUACAUGGUAAAGAAGUAUACAUGGUAAUGUAGUAUACAUGGUAAAGAAGUAUACAUGGUAAUGUAGUAUACAUGGUAAAGUAGUAUACAUGGUAAAGUAGUAUACAUGGUAAAGAAGUAUACAUGGUAAUGUAGUAUACAUGGUAAAGAAGUAUACAUGGUAAUGUAGUAUACAUGGUAAAGUAGUAUACAUGGUAAAGAAGUAUACAUGGUAAAGUAGUAUACAUGGUAAAGUAGUAUACAUGGUAAAGAAGUAUACAUGGUAAAGUAGUAUACAUGGUAAAGUAGUAUACAUGGUAAAGUAGUAUACAUGGUAAAGUAGUAUACAUGGUAAAGAAGUAUACAUGGUAAAGAAGUAUACAUGGUAAAGUAGUAUACAUGGUAAAGAAGUAUACAUGGUAAAGUAGUAUACAUGGUAAAGUAGUAUACAUGGUAAAGUAGUAUACAUGGUAAAGUAGUAUACAUGGUAAAGUAGUAUACAUGGUAAAGUAUUAUACAUGGUAAAGUAGUAUACAUGGUAAAGAAGUAUACAUGGUAAAGAAGUAUACAUGGUAAAGUAGUAUACAUGGUAAAGUAGUAUACAUGGUAAAGUAGUAUACAUGGUAAAGUAGUAUACAUGGUAAAGAAGUAUACAUGGUAAAGUAGUAUACAUGGUAAAGUAGUAUACAGUAGUACACAUGGUAAAUCUUUACAUUGAUAGUAUACAUGGUAAAUGUUUAAAACUAUUCAAAACCCAUUGAUGGAAAUUUAAUUAUUCUUUUUCUGUGUGGUGAUCUGUGCAUGGUACCUACGAUUUUAACAUCCUUGUCGGAGAAGACGCGAAAGUCUAACCAUUUACUGAUGUCAAUGUAAAGGUAGCUCUUUCUCCUCAAUUAUUUUAAGACCUUGAGUAGAGGUCCAACCGAGGAUUGAACCCGGGUCUCCCAGGUUGAAAGGCAAACGUGCGUGGUUAUUCGGAAAUUUUACAGUAUACAGAAAUUAAAUUUAUACAAUGAUAACCGAAUUAUGAUUUCUCAUUCAAGGUGAUCGAGUUUCUUAUAUCAGUGAAUGAUAUGUGUAACCUGGGAUACUCCGAAGGACAAGUUGAAAUGGUGUUAAAAGACAACAAUGAUCAAACUAAGGUAUAUAGAUCAUACACCCUUCCCGAAAGUACUUAGCCUUGGUUAUAGAGAUCUCGGUUUUUAAUAGAGGCCUCUAGUUAACCCUGUAAUCCCCAAAAUCAUUUAAAUAACAUGCAUGUCUUUUUUCUCAACAGGCUGUGGAGUUCUUAAAGCUCAUAGUACAAUUUAAAGAACUUGGUUUUCAAGAGGAAAAAAUAUUCGAGGCAUUGAAAAAAUCCGAAUGUGACAGUAAUAAAGCAUUAGAUAUUUUAACAUGCGCUGGCUAG